CCUCCCGCUGCCCAGGUGCGAUGGAGAUGCAGGAGGUGUUCCUGCAGCUCUGGGGGGAGCUGGCCAGGCUGCAGGAGCUGUGCUCGGAGCAGGGGCGGCUCCUCCGGAGGCUGAGGGCCAGGAAGGGACCGGUCCUGGACAUCCCGGUGUCGCUGCCCGUCCAGUGCACGGAGGAUGUGGGGACAGGGGACGGCCAGAGAUCACCUGAGAGCCACCAAAACCACCCAGGAGCUCCGACCUCCUCCACACCCCACCUGGAGGGCUCUGCCUGUCCCAUGGGACAGCCCUGGGCCACCAAGAGGCUCCCCCUGAGCCCUGGGCACGGCGCAGGAGCUGCAGGUCCUGGCAGCACCGAGGGGGACGAGGGGGAAGCGCCCGCCCAGAGGAGAACCUGGAUCCUCCCGGUGCCCUGGGAAGGAGGGAGAGCUCCCUGCAGCCCUCAGGAGCUGGAGACACCAAACCCAGGGCCUGGGGGCUCCUUCCCGAAUCUCCUGGAUCUCUACGAAGCCCCAGAAGCGCUUGAGAGGGAAGAGGCUGCCAGGGAUGUGGCUCUGGUGGAGAUCCGAGGGCCUGUGAAGACCUGCUGGACUCCGGGCUGGGUGCUGGAGGAGGGGAUGCUGAGCCCCAGCGCUGAGGCUGCCCCGGGCUGUGAGCUGUGCCAGGAGAUUCUGCCCUCGGAGGCAGCGGGACACACGGAAUAUCUGAGCCACCUUCUGCUCCACCUCGAGUAGGACUCGUCCUCCCAGGGGGAAAUCCGUGGAUCUGCACCCUGAGCCACGGGACAGAAUCUGGACAUGUCCCAUUUGCAUGGGGGACAGACUCUGGACAUUUCCAUGGGACAGACUCUGGACAUUUCCAUAGGACAGACUCUGGACAUUUCCACGGGACAGACUCUGGACAUCUCCACGGGACAGACUCUGGACAUCUCCACAGGACAGACUCUGGACAUUUCCAUAGGACAGACUUUGGACGUUUCCCAUUUCCACAGAACGAACGUUUUUAGUGUGGGGGUAAUUAAUCCCCCCCUCCAGAUGUUCCCCAGGGAUCUGGAGCUUCCCUUUUGGAUCUGCAGGGCAGGAAGGUGCUGUGGCUCCAAAACAACUUUAAUUGCAGGGUGCUGCGGGGCCGUGGGUGGGCUGUGGCUCCAGCCUGGCCUCCAGGUGGGUGGGAGCUGUUUUGGAGCUGGGUCAGGGCUGGAAAAUCAGGAAUGGGUGAAAUUGUGCCAGGAGAGCACAGGGAAGGGAGCCCCACUCUUGUUCUCAGGGAUGGAGAUGGUGCUGGUGCCCCUUGGGGAAAACACAGCAGGAAAAACGCAGCUGGAAAUGGGAUUUUGGGUGGAAAAUGUUCAUUUUUGGGGGUUUCUAAUUCAGGGUUUGGGCUGUGGGAGGGGGAAGGGGCUGCCCAGGUGCUGACACCGGGCCCUGGGUACAAAUCUGUGCCCAAACAGCUCCAAAUUCCCACAUUCAACUCCUUUGGGGCCGCAUUUUCAGAGGAGAAAACAGAAAUGAGGGUGGGGUUUCAUCCCUCUGAUGGGAGAGUGAGGAAAAAGGGAAAUUUCCUGCCCAGGAAUAGAAUUUCUCUAAGGAAAAACUCUCGGGCGGCUGUGGCUGCCCCAAAUCUCUUCUGGGAGCUGCUGGAAAUGAGGGAUGGGAGGGAGGAAUCAUCUGCAGCAGGAGCCCAUCUGUGCCACCAGCGAGGACGGGGAGUCAUUAACGCCUCUGUUAAUUAAUAACUGCCCCUCGAGUUCAUCCCUCGUUAGGGGAAGGGAAAUGUUCCGUGAUCCUGCUGUGUUUGGACACGAACUCAGGAGGCAGGGGCUGGAAAUGGGAUAAAGAAAAUGAAUUUCCAAGGAAGUCAGAGACUUCCAGGUGGUGUUUGGGGAAGAGUUGGAGGUGACAGCUCAACCCUCCCCAAUUUCUGAACCUUUCCUGCUGGGACAAGGGGAUUUUUGGGGAGCAAAAAAGAGGGCCAAGGGGAUUUUGGGGGAGAAAAAAGGGUCAAGGAGACUUUUGGGGAGGAAAAAAGGGACAGGGGGAUUUUUAGGGAG